UGUGUGUUGACGGGGAGGAAGAAGGCAGAGCAGCAGGAAGGGACGCUGCACCGCAGGACAAACAGCACAAAAGUAGGAGGAAAUACCAAACAAACCAUGGCGUCGGGGGACACCCUGUAUAUAGAGACGGACGGGACAGAAAUGCCGGCCGAAAUAGUGGAAUUGCACGAAAUUGAAGUAGAGACAAUCGAGACGACAAUUGUGGGAGACGACGGAGAGCACCAGCCGAUGAUCGCCUUACAGCCGCUGGACUCGGACGAUCCGCACUCCCUGCACCCGCACCAGGAGGUGAUCCUGGUGCAGACCCGGGAGGAGGUGGUGGGCGAGGACGACUCCGAGCUGCACACGGAUGACGGCUUCGAGGACCAGAUCCUCAUCCCCGUGCCCGCCGUGGAGGAGGACUACAUCGAACAGACUCUGGUUACCGUGGCCGGGAAAAGCUCGGCGGCGGGCCGAAUGAAGAAGGCUGGCAGCGGGAAGAAAGCGGGCAAAAAGAGCUACCUGAGCGGGGGGGAGAUGGGCCGCAAGUGGGAGCAGAAGCAGGUGCAGAUCAAGACUCUGGAGGGGGAAUUUUCUGUCACUAUGUGGGCAUCGGAUGACAAGAAGGACAUCGACCACGAGGAGCAGAUCACAGGUGAAAACUCUCCUCCGGACUAUUCGGAGUACAUGACGGGGAAGAAGCUUCCCCCCGGCGGCAUCCCGGGCAUCGACCUCUCCGACCCCAAACAGCUGGCAGAGUUUGCACGCAUGAAGCCAAGAAAAGUAAAAGAAGAUGACGCUCCGAGGACGAUAGCCUGUCCGCACAAGGGAUGCACCAAGAUGUUCAGGGACAACUCCGCCAUGAGGAAACACUUGCACACCCACGGUCCUCGCGUUCACGUGUGCGCCGAGUGCGGCAAAGCUUUCGUGGAGAGUUCAAAACUCAAGCGGCAUCAGCUGGUACACACGGGCGAGAAGCCCUUCCAGUGCACGUUCGAGGGCUGCGGCAAGCGCUUUUCUCUGGACUUUAACUUGCGCACGCACGUCCGCAUCCACACCGGGGACCGCCCGUACGUCUGCCCCUUCGACGGCUGCAACAAGAAGUUCGCCCAGUCCACCAACCUGAAGUCCCACAUCCUCACACACGCCAAGGCCAAGAACAACCAGUGAGCAAGGCGUGGCGCACGGCGAGCGCGCCCUGGAGGACCCGACCUGCAUCUCUGCUCCCUGACAGACAGACUUUUGUCCCGUGGCCUGCUUCGUUGUGAGAUAAGACGUCCCCGUCGCAUUGCCUCUAGGUGAAAGAUCGAAACAGAGAAAUUACCUCUUGGAACUUUUUUUUGAUAAAACACGGAGGUUCGAACGAGGAACUGAUGAAGCUCCGCCCCCCUCAGGCUCCCGACCCCCACCUCGGCUACGGUUUCUUCUUGUGAAGACGUUCGUUCAUGGAUCUGCACCUACAGGAACAACUACAAACACCUUUCUACCUUAGCAGCACAGCCACACUUAACAUUUUUUUGCAAUAUCUUUCAAAUUUGCAUUGAUUAAGUGACAACUUUUCAAUUUUGUACUCUUCUCCCCCCCAAAGUGUGCAUAUUGUACACGGUUUGACGAGCUCUGUCAUGUUGUACGUAGUCCGAUCGUCCCUGUAGCUCUUCACUGAAGACCUUUCCGUUUGUGCUCCCUUUUCUCCUGCCAUGACUGUGUUUUGAGGGGACUGACUGGUCUUUGCAUAUUAUUUUCUACAAUGCAAUAUCAGAAUCGUGUAGAUAAUAGCCAUGUGAUUUUCAAUAGUAAACACUGAUUGAAAAAAAAAAAAAAGAAGUUUUGAUUAAAGUUUUUCCUCCCUUGCACUUAC